CACGAGUUUGUCGCGAGUCGCAACGGUCGCACUUUCGCAGCAGCAGUCAGGAAGCGUGUACAACUGUAGAGGCACGAGCCGUUUGAUGAAACGAUAGGAACGUUCAUUUAUUUUAUUCGAAACCGUUUUCAACUUUCCUAAUACAGUUUUAAUAAGAUCGCCACUGCUGUACGAACUAUCGUAAUGACCCACGUGAUACCAAAGAUGUCUUGGGUAGUGGCCUACUUCCCAAAAUCCCACGAAUAUGCUGUAAUACCUUUGAACUGGUUAUUGGAAAAAAAAGGUAAUGGAAAUGGAAUGUAUUGUCUAUGGCCUCCUAAUCCAAAUGUUACUAGCGAAGUUGCAAUAAGAGCUGACCCUCCAGAUUCAACUUGGUUAACAUAUCAAAUAAAAGUAAUUGCCAAUAAACUAUUUGAUGAUUAUGUUCAAGCUUGGCACCAUUUAUUAAUAUUGGUUGAAUCUUCUUUUCAAAAAACUUCACUGAUACCAACACAAAAAGAUGAAAAGAGCAACUUAUCAGAACCUAGGAAUAUUAAUAAGCAGAUUGAUGCAUGUUCUUCAAGUCAGUUGUUAGAGAAUAUUAAUCUACCUAAUGAUGGAAUUACAACUGGCCAAGAGACAAUAAUGAUGAAUAUACCCCAGUCAGCAAAAAUUCAAAAAGAUGAUUCCACUCAUUUAAAUAACUUGGAGAUAAACAAUUUAUUAUAUGGAAUUUUCAAUGGUGGAAUAAAUAUAACAUUAAUGUUAAGCCAAGUAUUGUCAAAAUUGGAAAAUUUGCAAACAGUUUUUGCUGAAAUGAACUUCAACUUGCCUCUAACUGAAAGUUUUGAUGCUCAGUUUUUAGAAAAGUUUCCAAUAAACAAUCCAGAUGCAUUAGAACAUGUAGAACAAUGCAUAUUAAACAACAAUUUUGACUUUGGACGGAAACUAGAAAUUUAUAUCAAAAAAAUUGGUGGUUGUUCCUUUAAAAACCACGCAGUACGUGCUUUGUCAAAAAUUAUCACUGAUGAAUAUGCUACUAAAUGCUCAUGGACCGGGCGUGGCAAGGAGAAAUUGACUAAAAUUCGUGAUACAUGUUUAAUUAAGAUUUUAAAAAAAGUUUUGCAAGAAUGUUAUGAUCCACAAAUAAAUACAGAUUUUGAGUUUAAAAAAAUUGUAGCUGUGUGGCUAAAGUGUAGUGUUUCAAGAUACAAUAGAUCGAUGUCACAGAAGAUCAAAUUAUAAGCACAAUCCAACGAUAUCAAAUUCAAGAUUUUAAUGUUCAGAAUAUUUGUUGAUGUUUAUACAAAACAGUUUUAUAUUAUUUAAGGUUAACAGAUGUUUUUUUAAUACAUUUUAUUUUAAAGAUACCUCUAGUAUUAUCUUAUG